CAGCAAAGGCCGGUGAAGCAGUCAUUCAGCAAGUCUCUGUGCCGGGAGUCCCACUGGAAAUGCCUACUUCUGUCGCUCCUCAUCUACAGCUGCAUGGGUGCCAUGACCUGUGUGUCACGUUACCAAAGUCACCCGCUUGACCUUCGACAGCGCCUACAAAGGCAACUCCAUGAUGUAUCAUGACAGUCCCUGCUCCAAUGGCUACGUCUACAUCCCCCUGGCCUUCCUGGUUAUGCUGUAUGUGGUCUACCUGGUGGAAUGUUGGCACUGCUACACACGAAAUGAAAUGCAGUAUAAGGUAGACCUAGAGAGCGUGCAGGAGCGCGUGCAGAGGAUGCAGCAAGCCACACCAUGUAUUUGGUGGAAGGCCAUCAGCUACCACUACGUACGUCGGACUCGGCAGGUGACCCGUUACAGAAAUGGAGAUGCCUACACUACCACCCAGGUCUACCACGAGCGGGUCAACACCCACGUGGCGGAAUCAGAAUUUGACUACAACAAUUGUGGAGUAAAGGAUGUCUCCAAAGAGUUGUCAGGCCUCGACAGUUAUCCGGUCACACGGCUGCGUUUUACAAAGUGCUUUAGCUUUGCAAACGUGGAAUCUGAGAACUCUUAUCUGACUCAGAGGGCAAGAUUCUUUACGGAGAACGAGGGUCUGGAUGAUUACAUGGAAGCUAGGGAGGGAAUGCACUUAAAAAAUGUGGACUUCAAGGAAUAUAUGGUGGCAUUUUCUGACCCAGACAACCUUCCAUGGUACGUCUCCCACUAUGUAUUUUGGGUGGCGGCUCUUCUAACGCUCUCCUGGCCACUAAGAGUCUUGAACGAGUACCGAACAUCAUGUGUCCAUUAUCACGUGGAAAAGCUGUUUGGCUUUGACUUUACACCGGUCACACCAGCUGAUGACCGGACCGUGUGUCGGAGAAUGCCUCGAGUCAACACCAUCGAUAGCACCGAGCUGGAGUGGCACAUACGGUCCAACCAGCAGCUGGUGCCCAGCUACUCUGAAGCUGUUCUCAUGGAUCUGGUGGGAAUGUCUUCUAAUUACUCUGCCUGCCGAUAUACCCAGGGCUAUCGCCAGAACUGUGAUAGGUGCCAUCGUACAAUAAGCAGCUCCUCCAUUUUCUCCCGUAGCGCUCUCAGCAUAUGUAACGGCAGCCCCAGGAUUCCGUUCAGCAGCAGUCGCUUCUCCCUGGGGCGCCUGUAUGGAUCCCGCCGCAGCUGCCUGUGGCAGAGCCGAAGCGAAAGCCUCAACGAGCAGGGCUGUCCUACCGAGCAGACCAGGCUGUCUAGCCAGGUAACGGUGGAAGAAGAGGAACCACCUCCAUACCAGGAUGCCCUCUAUUUCCCUAUCCUCAUUGUCCACCGCAAUGAGGGCUGCACAAACCACGACCACCGACGCCUCCACCGCAACGGUUCUUGUGUAGAAACCUCACUGUGA